UCGGAAUAUGCGUGGCGAGCGCUGUAAUGAGCGUCCAGCGAAAUGCAUUGAGUUCCAAGUCAAACUAGGUGGAUAAUGUCAGAGCGGAAAAGGCCGACAAUCAUGGACCAGAGAGGUCAAGGUGUGUGAAGAAUCUAGACAGACAUGCAAUUAGUGAAAUUAGAGAAUGCAUAUGCAUUUUAAAUUACAUGGACAUGUUUAAUGUGCAUAUAAAUGGCAUUAAAUAUUGGUAGUGCACCUCAAACCUGAAUAAAAAAAAAAUCAAGAGCAAUUUCUAAUUUGACUUAGACUUCAUAGAACACCGAGCAAUAUGAUGUGUGAAGUGAUGCCAACCAUAAAUGAGGGGGACUCGGUGAGUUCCCAGAGAGGCUCUCAGAACGGCACGGAUGCCGAGUCUAAUUUUGAACAGCUGAUGGUGAAUAUGUUGGAUGAGAGAGAUAAGCUGCUGGAGUCUUUACGGGAGACACAGGAGACCCUCAUCCAGUCGCAGACCAAACUCCAGGAUGUGCUUCACGAGAGAGAUGUGCUUCAGAGACAGCUCAACUCCGCGCUACCACAGGAGUUUGCUACCCUGACUAAGGAGCUGAAUUUGUGUCGAGAGCAGCUUCUAGAAAAAGAGGAGGAGAUAUCUGAGCUUAAAGCAGAGAGGAAUAAUACCAGGCUUCUUUUGGAACACUUGGAGUGUCUGGUGUCACGUCACGAGCGUUCGCUGAGGAUGACUGUGGUGAAGAGGCAGGCUCCUCCGCCGUCCGGGGUUUCCAGUGAGGUGGAGGUGCUCAAGGCUCUGAAAUCGCUCUUCGAGCAUCAUAAAGCUCUGGAUGAAAAAGUGCGUGAAAGGUUACGGGUGGCUCUUGAAAGGGUGACUACAUUAGAAGGACAGCUGGUAGCCGCCACUCAGGAGGUGGUCAUGUUGAGACAGAGAAAGGAUGGACAGGCGGAUGGGGAUGCUGUGGACAGGAUGGACAGCUCUAAACCUACAUGGAAGAGGCUUCCCAAUGGCUCCAUCGAUGCCCAUGACGACACCAGCAGGUCUCUGGAGCUGCAGGAACUCCUGGAUAAGGCCAAUAAGGAGCUGGGCCAAAACAGAGAGCGGAUCAGCAGCCUGACCAAUCGCAUGUCUGAGCUUGAGACGGAACUGGCUGCUGCCCGCAAAGACCUAUUGAAGAGCGAGGAGAUGAGUGCCAAGCACCAGAGGGACAUACGUGAGGCGAUGGCACAGAAGGAGGACAUGGAGGAGCGAAUCACAACAUUAGAAAAGCGUUACCUGGCCGCCCAGAGAGAAACCACCUCGAUCCAUGACCUGAACGACAAGCUAGAGAACGAGCUGGCCACCAAGGACUCACUUUACCGACAGAGCGAGGAGACGGUGCGACACCUCCAGGAAUUGCUGGAGUUGGCGGAACAACGGCUACAGCAAACUAUGAGGAAGGCGGAGACUCUGCCCGAGGUGGAGGCUGAACUGGCCCAGAGAGUGGCCGCCCUCACCAAGGCGGAGGAGAGACAUGGCAACAUCGAGGAGCGUUUGCGCCAAUUGGAGGCCCAGCUGGAAGAGAAGAACCAAGAGCUGGGCAGGGCUCGGCAGAGGGAGAAGAUGAACGAGGAGCAUAACAAGCGUCUGUCUGACACUGUGGACCGUCUUCUCACAGAGUCCAAUGAACGGCUUCAGCUGCACCUGAAGGAGCGCAUGGCUGCGCUGGAGGACAAGAAUGCACUCAUCCAUGACCUGGAGAAUUCCCAAAAACAACUGGAAGAGUUCCAUCACAACAAGGAGAGGCUUAUUGGGGAGAUUGAGAAGUUACGGGCUGAACUCGAUCAUCUGAAGCGCAGGAGCGGUGCGUUUGGAGACGGAACACAUCCUAGGUCUCAUCUUGGCAGUGCCACAGACCUGCGCUUCUCAGUGGUGGAAGGUCAGGGAGAUCACUACUCCUCCACAGGGGUCAUACGACGGGCUCAGAAAGGUCGAAUGGUGGCACUCAGGGAUGAACCCACCAAGAUCCUGCCGAUGGUGGAGCAGGAUUGGGAUCGCUCUCAGCCCUCCAGCUUGCGAGCCAGCCGUACUCACCUGAUGGGAAGCGACACUGAGCUGUCUGACCUGGACGAUGAAGACCGUGAGACCAUAUUCAGCUCAGCCGAUAUGCUGUCUCCCAGCGGGCACUCAGACGCCCAGACGCUUGCCCUCAUGCUGCAAGAACAGCUGGAUGCCAUCAAUGAGGAGAUCAGAAUGAUCCAGGUAGAGAGGGAAUCAGCAGAGCUCCGGGCGGAUGAGAUCGAGAGUCGAGUAAACAGCGGCAGCAUGGAUGGCCUGAACGUGACACUGCGGCCACGCUCCUCCAUCCCCACCUCCGUCACCGCCCUCUCUCUGGCCAGUUCAUCACCCCCCGUUAGCGGCAGAUCCACACCUAAACUGACGUCCGGUUCAGCAGCCCACGAGUUGGGCAUCAUGACCCUGCCUAGUGAUUUAAGGAAACAUCGCAGACGAGUGGCUUCUCCUGUGGAGGCCCGAGAAGACAAGGCCACCAUCAAGUGUGAGACGUCGCCCCCUUCCUCCCCCCGCAGUCUCAGACUAGACCAAAUGAACUUCGCUCAGCUAACAGGAAGCCUUGAGGAUGGCCGAGGGGGCAACAAAAAGAAGGGCAUAAAGUCAUCUAUCGGCCGUCUCUUUGGCAAGAAGGAGAAAUCGCGUUUAGAUCAGCCUUUGAGCAAGGAUGGCCAGAUGACACCACCUGCCAUUCCAGAUUUCGAGAUGGGCAUUGGAGAUACCAUGACCUUGAGCAAACUGGGCACACAGGCAGAGCGAGACCGCAGGAUGAAGAAAAAACAUGAGCUGCUGGAGGAUGCUAGGAGGAAAGGGCUUCCUUUUGCUCAGUGGGACGGCCCAACUGUGGUCUCCUGGCUCGAGCUGUGGGUGGGCAUGCCAGCUUGGUACGUGGCAGCGUGUCGUGCCAACGUGAAGAGCGGCGCCAUCAUGUCGGCACUGUCGGACACAGAGAUUCAGCGAGAGAUCGGCAUCAGUAACCCGCUGCAUCGGUUGAAGCUGAGGCUGGCCAUUCAAGAAAUGGUGUCACUGACGAGUCCGUCAGCUCCUCUCACCUCACGCACAUCUUCCGGAAAUGUGUGGGUGACUCAUGAGGAGAUGGAAAACAUGGCAUCCUCGACCAAAAUGGAGAAUGAGGAAGGAAGCUGGGCUCAGACGCUAGCAUAUGGUGACAUGAACCAUGAGUGGAUUGGGAACGAGUGGCUGCCCAGUCUCGGCCUGCCUCAGUACCGCAGCUACUUCAUGGAGUGCUUGGUGGACGCUCGUAUGCUGGACCACCUUACUAAGAAAGACCUGCGGACACAUCUCAAGAUGGUGGACAGCUUCCACCGGGCUAGUUUGCACUAUGGCAUCAUGUGCUUAAAAAGGCUGAACUAUGACAGGAAGGAUCUGGAGAGAAGAAGAGAGGAUUUUCAACAUGACAUCAAAGAUACCCUGGUGUGGACCAAUGAUCAUGUGAUGCAGUGGGUUCAGAACAUCGGUCUGAAAGAGUACAGUAAUAACCUGCUGGAAAGCAGUGUGCAUGGAGCUCUCAUUGCCCUAGAUGAGACGUUUGACUUCAGCAGCUUGGCCCUCAUUCUACAGAUCCCCAUGCAGAACACUCAGGUGAGGAACACACCUGAUGAUGUUUAA